AUGAAGUUCUCUUUCGUCGUGUUUGCCAGCGUCGUCACCUGUGCUUUGGCCACGGAUCCAUCCCCAAGUUCUAGCUCUCAUAUUGCGUCUUCGAACUCUCGAAUCAAUUCUGCGAACGUGGGGACACCGAAUUCAGAGGGUGAACAUGAUGGGUACUUUUAUCAUUGGUGGUCGGAUACGGGCGCUACGGCGAACUACACCAACGAGGCUGGGGGACGGUAUACCAUUGAUUGGUGGGUCAAUGGGGCGUUCUUAGGAGGGAAGGGGUGGAAACCGGGUAGCCCUGAUAGAGCGUUCAACUAUACUGGAACAUACGAGCCCAGCGGACACAGCCUCGUCACCUUCACAGGAUGGACGCGCAACCCCUUGGUGCAAUACUACAUCGUCGAGUCGUUUGGAGUCCUCAACCCCGCAUCGCACGCGCUCCGGAGGGGCGAAGUGACGUGUAACGGCGCUAGAUACGAUGUAUCGCACACGUGGCGGUAUAACCAACCGUCUAUCGACGGGGAGGUGACGACGUUCCAGCAGUUUUGGGCUGUGAGGAUACCGAGGAGGGUACCUGGUGAGAUGAGGGGAAGGAUUGAGUUUGGGUGUUUUGGGGAGGCGUGGAGGAGUUUGGGGAUGGAGAUGGGAGAGCAGGUGUGGCAGAUUAUGGCGGUUGAGGGGCAUUUUAGUCGGGGGCGGGCGAGUUUUGAGGUUGUGUAA